UGACGUUGGCGGACGGAGGGCUGUUAAAAUAUGAAACGGACACGUUGAGGCUUCGAGCUGUUUUGCUCUUCUACUCCUGGACAUCACAUUUUCACAUGUCGAACUAAAGGACAACCAAAGAAACCCACAGAACAAGGUGACUGAACUGUCUUGGAGCAGCUCCUUCAGAUUAGCUGGAAGACCUCAGGAUCAGAAAUGAGCGGCGCUAAGCACAAGAUGGAGGAUGAGGCGGUGUUGGACAGAGGGGCGUCUUUUCUCAAGCAUGUCUGUGAUGAGGAGGAAGUCGAAGGCCACCACACCAUCUACAUCGGUGUGCACGUGCCCAAGAGCUACCGGCGUCGGAGGCGCCACCGCCGGCGUACCAGCCACAAGGACAGAAAGGAGAAAGUGAUGGAGAAUGCCUCGGACAGGUCGGAUGCCGAAAACACUGAGGAGGCCAGCAACAGCAUCCUCAAACCACUCAUUUCUCCAGCGGCCGAGCGUAUUCGUUUCAUCCUGGGUGAGGAAGAUGAUGGACCAGCGCCUCCACAGCUCUUCACAGAGUUGGAUGAACUGCUGUCCGUGGACGGCCAGGAGAUGGAAUGGAAGGAGACAGCCAGGUGGAUCAAGUUUGAAGAAAAGGUGGAAAAGGGUGGGGAGCGAUGGAGCAAACCACAUGUAGCCACCCUCUCUUUGCACAGUCUCUUUGAACUCAGGACCUGUAUAGAGAAAGGCACCAUCAUGUUGGACCUGGAGGCUACCACUCUGCCUCAGGUUGUGGAGAUGAUCACGGACAGUCAGAUAGAGAGUGGUCUGCUGAAGGCUGACCUGAAGGAUAAGGUCAUGUACACCUUGCUGAGGAAGCAUCGCCAUCAGACCAAAAAAUCCAAUCUGCGUUCCCUGGCUGACAUUGGCAAAACGGUCUCCAGUGCAAGUAGGCUGUUUUCCAACACGGAUAAUGGUAAUACAGCUCGUAGUCCAAUCGAGAACUCAGUGCCUUGCCUAACAGCUCGCGCCUCUGAGGAGGAGCUGCAAGCCCCUGGAAGUCCGAGCAUGGGAUGGCUUAGUAGUCCCGCCACUGCGCACCGGAACUUGACGUCAAGCAGCAUGAAUGAUAUCUCUGACAAACCAGAGAAAGAUCAGCUGAAGAACAAGUUUAUGAAGAAGCUGCCCAGAGAUGCAGAGGCCUCCAAUGUACUGGUCGGGGAGGUGGACUUUCUGGACGCUCCUUUUGUGGCCUUUGUGAGGCUGCAGCAGGCCGUCAUGCUGGGAGCGCUAACAGAAGUGCCAGUUCCAACUAGGUUCCUGUUCAUUCUUCUUGGGCCAAAAGGCAAAGCCAAGUCUUAUCAUGAAAUUGGUAGAGCAAUUGCCACCCUUAUGUCUGAUGAGGUCUUCCAUGACAUUGCGUACAAAGCCAAGGACAGACAAGACCUCCUCGCCGGUAUCGAUGAGUUCUUGGAUGAAGUCAUCGUUCUCCCUCCUGGCGAAUGGGACCCUACCAUCAGGAUAGAGCCUCCAAAGUCUCUUCCAUCUUCUGAUAAAAGGAAGAACAUGUAUGCUGGAGGGGAGAAUGCACAGAUGAAUGGGGACACGCCUCAUGACGGGGGACACGGAGGCGGGGGACACGCAGUCGGCGAAGAGCUGAAAAAGACAGGGCGAUUCUGCGGAGGCCUUAUACUUGACAUCAAGAGGAAAGCCCCGUUCUUUGCCAGCGAUUUCUACGAUGCACUGCACAUCCAGUCUUUGUCUGCCAUUCUGUUUAUCUAUCUAGGAACGGUCACUAAUGCUAUCACGUUUGGAGGACUACUUGGGGAUGCUACUGAAAAUAUGCAGGGUGUGCUGGAGAGCUUUCUGGGCACAGCAAUCUCUGGAGCCGUCUUCUGCCUCCUUGCUGGACAGCCUCUCACUAUUCUCAGCAGCACAGGUCCUGUGCUUGUCUUUGAGAGGCUCCUCUUCAACUUCAGCAGGGACAACCAGUUUGACUACUUGGAGUUCCGGCUGUGGAUCGGCUUGUGGUCGGCCUUCUUCUGCCUGGUCCUGGUGGCCACCGACGCCAGCUUCCUGGUACAGUACUUCACCCGCUUCACAGAGGAAGGUUUCUCGUCACUGAUCAGUUUCAUCUUCAUCUAUGAUGCCUUCAAGAAGAUGAUAAAGCUGGCCCACUACUACCCCAUCAACUCAGACUACAAGAUUGACUAUGUCACGCAGUACGACUGCAUGUGCAUGGCACCCACUAUAGUAAAUGCUUCAGAUGUGUACAAUGAUCCAAUGGAUGGAACAACCACUUGGUACUACAACUACACUGAUUUACCACUAAAUGCUACCUGGUCCUCACUGUCAAAGAAGGAAUGUCUGAAGUAUGGUGGCGAGUUGGUGGGCAAGGCCUGCGACUUUGUGCCCGACAUCACCCUCAUGUCCUUCAUUCUGUUUUUUGGCACCUACACCUGCUCAAUGUGUCUGAAAAAGUUCAAGACAAGCCCUUUCUUCCCAACCACGGUGAGGAAACUCAUCAGUGACUUUGCCAUUAUCUUGGCAAUCCUGAUUUUCUGCUGUGUCGAUGCUUUGGUGGGUGUUGACACGCCCAAGCUCAUUGUGCCAAGUGAAUUUAAGCCAACAAGCCCUCUCCGUGGCUGGUUCGUGACACCGUUUGGGGGGAACCCCUGGUGGGUUUAUCUGGCAUCAGCUCUGCCCGCCCUGCUGGUCACCAUCCUGCUUUUCAUGGACCAGCAGAUCACCGCUGUGAUUGUCAACCGCAAGGAGCACAAGCUGAAGAAAGGUGCGGGCUACCAUCUAGAUCUGUUCUGGGUGGCUGUACUGAUCGCUUUGUGCUCCUUCAUGGGCCUACCCUGGUACGUCGCUGCUACUGUUAUUUCUAUCGCCCACAUAGACAGCUUGAAGAUGGAAACAGAGACGUCAGCUCCUGGGGAGCAGCCAAAAUUUUUGGGGGUCAGGGAGCAGAGAGUGACUGGUGUCUGUGUGUUCCUUCUCACUGGCCUGUCUGUCUUUAUGUCUCCCAUUCUCAAGUUUAUUCCCAUGCCUGUCCUCUAUGGAGUCUUCCUCUACAUGGGGGUUGCCUCACUCAAUGGAGUCCAGUUCAUGGACCGAUUGCAGCUGCUCCUCAUGCCUGCCAAGCACCAGCCCGACCUGAUAUACCUGCGACACGUGCCGCUGCGCAAGGUCCACCUGUUCACUUUCGUCCAGAUGCUGUGCCUGGCCCUGCUCUGGAUUCUCAAGUCCACUGUGGCUGCCAUUGUCUUCCCAGUCAUGAUCCUGGCUUUGGUUGCUGUGCGGAAGGCCAUGGACUACGUCUUUUCUCAGCAUGACCUCAGCUUCCUGGAUGAUGUCAUCCCAGAGAAAGACAAGAAGAAGAAGGAAGAUGAGAAGAAAAAGAAGAAGAAGAAAAGAGGGAGCUUAGAUAGUGAUGUGGAUGAUGAGAAAAGACCCCUUCAUUUCUUGAACGAUAUACAUCAUGUUGAGACACUGCGCUACUACCAGGACAGUCCGAUGUCAAGUCCAGAGAGACUGCCGUUAAACGUGCCUCAGAUUAGAAUAGACAUGGACCCAGAUGACGACAACGACGGCUACUUCUGGAGGACUCGAGGGUCCGAGACAUCAAUAUAGCCCCUCCCCCAUCCGCACAUUCAGCCAAUCAGCGCCCUACAGGAUGACCGAUCAUUGUGUGCAGUUAGUCAACAUCCACAUCAAGGUCAAGUGGAAAGCCGUCCGGUCAAGGAAUAUUUUAAGGGAACUUGAAAAGAUUUUCAUGGAUGCUUUCUGUGACCACGUCAAGGAGCGUAAUGUCUGAACUCUCAUCUAAAGUCAUCAUGGAUGCCAUUUUAAUUAUUUUCUUCAUUUCAUGCAAGAAAUCUUACUCACUGCUCGUCCACCACUUACUUCUUAAGAACGCUGGCUGACCAUCAUCAUUCCUUACUACUAUGCAAUUUGUCUGCUCGCUGUUCCUCUGAUCAACACAAAAUGCUGUAGUUGUUUUUUUUUACCACGUGUGGGGAGGAGACCCAGCCGCCCCCUUCCCAUCACAUCUCUUCUCUUUCUCACCUGAUAUUUCCUUCCUCCUUUUUUAUAUAAGGAAUUACUGUAAUUGCAUUUUCCUGU